GAAUCAAUUCAUUCAACUUUUUUUUCCUAACAAGUCCCAAUUGAGAGGAAGCCUUCCCAUACUCAACCUGCCACUUCACGAUAUUCUUCCCGAUACCUAUCGUUGAGCAGUCAAAAUGGCACGCGGACCUAAGAAGCACCAGAAGCGCUUGAGCGCCCCCUCCCACUGGCUUCUCGACAAGCUGUCCGGUGUCUACGCCCCCAAGCCCUCCGCCGGUCCUCACAAGCAGCGUGAUUGCAUGCCCCUCAUCAUCUUCAUCCGUAACCGCCUAAAGUAUGCUCUCAACUACCGCGAGACCAAGGCCAUCCUCAUGCAGCGCCUUAUCAAGGUUGACGGCAAGGUCCGAACCGACAUGACCUACCCUGCUGGUUUCAUGGACGUCAUCACCAUCGAGAAGACUGGCGAGCACUUCCGACUCAUCUACGACACCAAGGGUCGCUACACCAUCCACCGCAUCCAAUCCGAGGAGGCCGAGUACAAGCUCGGCAAGGUCAAGCGAGUACAACUUGGCAAGGGCGGCAUCCCAUUCUUGGUCACGCACGAUGCGAGAACCAUCCGAUACCCUGACCCUUCGAUCAAGGUCAAUGACACCGUCAAGAUCAACCUAGCCACCGGCAAGAUUGACGACUUCAUCAAGUUCGACACUGGUGCCAUUGCCAUGGCCACUGGUGGUCGUAACAUGGGUCGUGUUGGUGUCAUCACUCACCGUGAGCGUCACGAUGGAGGUUUCAACAUCGUCCACAUCAAGGACGCCAUUGACAACACCUUCGCCACCCGUGAGAACAACGUUUUCGUCAUCGGUUCCGAGAAGCCCUGGAUCUCCCUACCCAAGGGUAAGGGUGUCAAGCUUACUAUUGCGGAGGAGCGUGACCGUCGCCGAGCCCACGCUCUUGCUGGUCACUAAAGGGGUUAAUCGGUAAAAAUAACAAAAACGGGAUCAGGCAGAGGGUUGUCUUUCACAAAGCAUGGGAACUGGAGUCUAUGGCAUAUCCAUUUUCGUUCUUACCAAAUGAGUAGGAUUCGUAGCUAAGGGUCAAUGAUAAUGAGGAUUAA